AUGACGAUGACCCUACAGGACAUGGCUAUGAUAAGCGGCCUUCCUAUCAAUGGACAAGCUGUUACCGGUCGUGUCAGCGUGGGUAAUUGGCGAGAACGGACUGCCGAUUUAAUUGGCGUUCAGCCCGAGGGCCCUCAGGAAGGCAAGGCCGAUACAGCGAAAGUGAGGCAUUCUUGGCUAAAACUGGUCAGAGGAAACACCAACCCAUGCCCUCAGGAUGCCAAUGACGUGGUUGUGCAGCAGUACGCGCGGGCCUAUCUUUGGUAUGUACUAACCAAGGUAGUCUUCUCAGAUGCAACCGGGAACUCAGCCCUCUGGAUGUUCUUGGAGCCACUUAAUAACUGGGAUACCCAGUAUAGCUGGGGUUCGGCCGCACUAGCAUACUUGUAUCGUCAGCUUGACUUGGCGUGUCGGAGGAAGGAAGGUACAUCCUCAUUGUCUGGGUUUGUUUGGAGCCUAUCCGUGUGGAUGUGGGAGCGGAUCCCGGUUGGACGGCCCGAUUUGAAGAACCCCCUCAUGGCAAACCCACGGGGUAAUCAUGACGGGUUGCAUGAUGAUGAUCCAUAUCGGCGCCCUACGCUUGCUUACUAUUGGGAACAAGUGACAGUGUACACAGGAAGCUCGCAUGUGCGAUACAAGUGCUAUAUGAACGAGCUGGACACCUUGACUGCUGAGCAGGUACAUUGGUUGCCUUAUGUGGAAGAUCGUGACUUUGAUCUUAAUGAGAUGUGCACGCGUGAUAGCCAUCUUUGGCGGGCGAGGUGCCCAAUGAUAUGCUUCUUCGCAGUCGAGUUCGAUCGAAGGAACAAUCAGGAUAUAUCGGAUUGGGCAAACAAACACCGUGCGUGGAUAGAAAUUUGGAAUCAAAGAGACACCUGA